UCUUGCGUGUUGCUGCCCCUGCUGACACUUGUUUUUUAUACACAGCAAGUUUACAGCCGCCGAUUAAUUGCAUUUUGUUUUAGUUUUUGUGCAAAUAGGAAGUAACUGCACAUAUAUAACUGUGCUAAGUUAUGUCACUGAAACACAUCCUUAGCCUCUCAUUCAACGUGAGCAAGGGGCUGCGACCAAGACUGCACCAGACGGCGCUUCCGCAGGUGCGGAUGAUGAGCUCUGUGUUCAAGGAGUUUGAAAAGGCCAAGGAGCGGCUCAACAGUCUCUCAGAAGACCCCGGCAAUGAAGCCAAGCUGAAAAUUUACGCGCUGUUCAAGCAGUCGACGGUGGGCAAAGUGGCCACCGACCGGCCCGGUAUGAUGGACUUCGUGGGCCGUGCCAAGUGGGACGCCUGGAACGCCCUCGGAGACAUGACCCAGGAGGAGGCUCAGAAGGCGUACAUUGCGCUGAUUGACGAGCUGGCCGGCUCGAUCACUGAGACAUCAGACGCCCAGGCCGAGCCGGGGAAGUACAAAUACAUCGAGUCGACCGUAACGGAUGGACUCCGGGUCAUCAAGUUCAACCGGCCCGCCAAGAAGAACGCCUUCCUCAAGGAGUCGUACGACGAGGUGGUAGCCGCCCUGAAGGAGGCGGCUGACGACCCGGCCACCGUGGUCACCGUCACCACCGGCGCCGGCGACUUCUACAGCAGCGGCAACGACCUCAGCAACUUCACCGCCAUCAAGGGGGACAUCAAGGAGAUCGCCAAGGAGUCGGGCGUCCUGCUCAACCGUUUCGUGUCGGCGUUUAUCGACUUCCCGAAGCCUCUGGUGGCCGUGGUGAACGGGCCGGCGAUCGGUGUCUCGGUGACCGUCAUGGGCCUGUAUGACGCAGUGUACGCGUCGGACCGGGCUACCUUCCACACGCCCUUCUCCAACCUGGGACAGUCGCCCGAGGGAUGCUCCAGCUACACGUUCCCGCGCAUCAUGGGACCGGGCAAGGCGGCCGAGAUGCUGUUGUUCAACAAGAAGCUGACGGCCCAGGAGGCGGAGCGGGUGGGCUUGGUGACUGAGGUGCUGCCGGCAGACACCUUCCAGCAGGAGGUGAUGGCACGCCUCCAGAAGCACGCUCAGCUGCCCGUCAAGUCUCUGGUGUACAGCAAGGCGCUGACCCGUGACCUGGAGACCAAGAUCCUGCACGAGGUUAACGAUCGCGAGUGUGACCGGCUGGUGGAGCGGUGGACCAGUGACGACUGCGUCAACGCCAUCAUGAAGUUCUUCGCGGCCAAGUCCAAGAUGUGAGGGGUCUUGAUACGGUAUGCGUAAGUAUGCCCGGUACUGACUGGCAAUGGCGGCGGGGCUAGAGUGGUCACAGGGAGCCUUGGAGGGUUUAGAGGCCGGAGCCUUCGUGAUUUUAUACCCCAGAGAAGAUGUGUUGAGUAUCGUGGAGAUGAUUCACAGUGGACAGUCUGAUGGUGUUCUGAUAUGGAACGGAUGCUGUUGAGGGAAGGCUGUCAGCAUGCCUCUCGAAGCAGUGACUGUGAUGGUUCUGGAGGCCGCUGGACUCGGCAAUGAGUGUGGGGAGUGAAGAGUGAACCCGAGUCGGAGUUUGUAUCGGAGAAUAUGACGAGGUUAUGUCGUUUGGUCAGUGGCUGGCCGGGUGGACCGGUCACGUUUCAGCAAUGCAAUUUACACAGUACAUCAAUAUAUAGACGACGAUUUA